AUGCCACCUUCGAAAAAGUUGCCAGAUUAUGAAACAAACACUCGCAUUCUCUGCAAGCACGCGGGGUUUUUUUACGAUGCUAAAAUCAUUGACAAGAAGCAAGAAGGCCCAGAAACAGCUUUUCUAAUACAUUAUCAGGGUUGGCAUAAAAGACAUGAUGAAUGGAUAACUCAAACAGAAUCGCUGGAAAAAUUUAAGGACUUUAGCGACGAGGCCCACAAUUCAGCGAAAAAUGAAUAUAGAGAAGCAAAGGAUGCUAAAGCCAAGGCCGGGAAGAAGAAGAGUAAACAAGACAUGGAUGAUGAGCUGAGAAAGAGUGAGACCGGCAGUAGAGCUUCUACACCUAGUGAUAGAGCUGGUGGAAGUACUAAAGCUAACUCGAUCACUAUAGCUAAUGCUUCUACCUCGGCAGCACGUGGAAUCAAAAGAAAAGCAGAUGACAAUUCUUUCGUUGAGCCUUUGAAGGAAGGUCCGAAUGAGUAUUUCAUAAGAAUGCCCAAAAACUUGAUGCAAGUGCUGGUGGAUGACCAUGAUAUGGUUAACCGUCACUGUAAGCUCACUCGCCUACCUGCCCGGUACACUGUAGAGAUGAUUAUACAGGAUUAUUGUGAAUCAUCCGUCAAGAAAGCGCCUGAACAAGCCGUUGACGAAGUGGUCAUUGAGUACGAAAAUAGUUCGGCUCAAUCUUCUGGAUAUCAGUUAGUACAAAGUGCUCUAGGAAUUCAGGAUUAUUUCGAUACUCUUCUGGGCUUCCAACUAUUGUACAAGUUUGAAAGACAGCAGUACUAUGACGAACUUGUAAAAGCUCGUGAAGUUCCUAAGACGAAUGAAAAUGAGGUACCUAGCAAGAAGAGAAGAUCGACAAAGGAACCAGAACCUGAGGUUCCCCCUACCACCACUGCUCCACGUUCAAUCAAGCCAUCUAAAAUGUAUGGAUUGCCUCAUCUAUUGAGGUUAUUAUCACGAUUUGAUGUAUACUUGAAGCUCACAUCUUGGAAGGAGAGAACUAUCAAGAUGAUUACCACAGCUAUUCAUGACUUUUUGGUCUACCUGAACAAGAAUCUGUCUAAGUAUUAUAUUAUGAAUCGCGAUUAUGAUGUUGCAUCUCCGGCUUAUCAAAGACAAGCCACCACUCUAUAA